CUACAACCAAUUCCCCCAACUUCCACUCUUAGCUCUCUCUCUCUGCGAUUCUCGGUUUUCAAGCUCUGUAAUCAAUUAAUUUGGGCCAGGGGAAAUGGAAUUCGAGUCGUGGACACAUCACGAACCGGCGUCGUUCCCGCCGAGGAGAGGGCAGAUCAAGAUCAACAUCUUCAGGAGCUUCAUCAAAUCCGCGGCUUCCAUUGCCGGAGGAAAGAAGCAGCGCCAUCCCGCUGAAUUGGCUGGGUGGAGGAGCGCCAGCGGCAACUCUUUCUCCUCGUCGUCUCCACCGCCGACUCCGCCUGCUACUCCGACAGGCUACUUCUCCGACGACGACGACAGCCGUUAGAUAGUACUGAUACUGCUGAUGAUCAUCCAUCGGAAUUACGAGCCGAUCGAGAUGUUUCUUCUCUCUCUCUCUCUGCCACUCUUCUUGUGUUGUGCAGUCGUCGAACCAUUCGACUACCGAUCUGGCCCAAGUGUGGGCAAGUUCUGAGUUUUGUUGUGGGCCCUGGGCUUGAGCCCCGGCCCAGGGACUAUGUUGUAGAAAUUGGGAGUUAAUUGAUCCAAGUUCCCAGUUGUACUAUAAAGUACAUAACUAGUU